AUGGAAUUUAUCAUUCUAAUGAGUGAUUUCAAUGUGCUUGCCGAAGCAGAGACCGAAAAUUGGAAAGGCGUGAAUGGAAAAAAGGCGCAGCUCAUAUCGAAACGUCUGUUAUGCACACAAGUACCGUCUCGUUUGGUAUUGCCAGCAUGUGCCUAUGAAAAUGACGUGUUCGAGCCGGACGGGAAAGAGAAAUUCGACAAAGAACAAAAACGUGCCGUUGGCAACCUGAUGGGUGCCGUGAUGAGGGUGAGUUCUGAGAGUGCCAGGGGCGAUGACUGUUUCACUUACGACGUGAAGUUCGGGGACUCUCGAUUUGGGCCGAGCAAACUGCACUCGCUUUCAGCGACGUCACCUCGCCCUCUUUAUCUCUCGCCGAGGCUGUCUGACAACGAAUGGACGGCGUUGUUUGUUCGCACGAUGUGCGCUUUCACACUAAUGACGACCGGGUGGUAA